UAGAAACAAGUUUUUGUGUUUCCACCCUGCAACAAAAUGUGCAAGUAUUUAAUUUUCCUAAGAUUGUUAAUAAUUAUUGCACUGGCAUGCCCACUUGUCAUUUCUUCUAAAAAACAGUCUACACCUCUUAGUACCACUGACGAUUAUCCAAAAAGUUGCAAAGAGAUUAUGCAACUUGGUCAGAACGCUUCUACUUUCUAUUACAUUCAGCCCAAAAAUGCUCCCGAACCUUUUGUAGUUCUGUGUAACAUGCACAGUUCAGGAGGUGGUUGGACAACGAUUCUCAACAGAGUCGAUGGUUCUCAAGAUUUUUUUAUGGACUGGGACAGUUACAAGUUAGGAUUCGGUAACAUAGCUGGUGAAUUCUGGUUAGGUUUAGAGAAGCUCCACUACAUGGCAGGGUACGAAUUGACAGAACUGUUGUUUGAGUUUGUUGACUGGAAUGACGUACAAGCGGAUGCCUAUUAUGGUUAUUUUGGUAUUGGUGGUGAAGAAGAAGGCUAUAUUUUAAAGCUAUUGAGAGGGUUUAACUAAAGAUAAGGAUCAAGAUGUUGCAGUAAUUCCAGAUGAGAAUUGUGGUGUAUUCUCAAAAGGGGGAUGAUGGUACCGUAGUUGUAAAAAGGGGAAUCCUACAGGAGUGUAUUAUAAUAGCAGUGUGACGGAAAAUUAUUACGAUGCGAUAACUUGGGACAGUUGGCAUGGGUUUACUUAUUGUCUUAAAGAAGUAAGGAUGGUGAUAAGACCAAAAUAUUAAUGCACUUCCUUGCUUUUCAUCUUGAACUGUUAUCCAUUUUUUUCUGUAUUAAUUGAAAU